AUGCUCUCCACGAAGAAUGACGUUGGCAACCUAUUGAUCUCGACAAAUUCUGGAACAAACGACCCCUACGUUACCCGCGGGAUUUCUGCCUUCGACGUCGGCAGCAUCCAGAGCAAAGCUCUUCCUCACGAGAGAGGUCUGCCGCAAACUGAAGGAGAUAAACAAUGUGCAUUGAAAGCCCGGACUACAGCGGAGCCCAUCGGCAAAGGCGGCGUGACCAUCCAAUUGUCUGCUCCGGAGCUGCCAAGAGGAACCAUGUGGCGACAUGAAUUUAUCAUCAGACGAGUGUUGAUUCAAUCAUAUGAACCACGGCCAAUCUCCGACCUGAUGGGUUACAAGCAGCAAGAAGAGCUCUCCGGACAAGGGGUCGUGAUCAUCUGCUCCGAUGGACCAAGGUCCAAAUGA